AUGCGUUUAAACAUUUACGUGUUGAAAGAAGACAACAUCGGCAGGCUAGCUCCAGUUCUAUCAAGCCUAAGAGAGUAUCGCAUAUCCCUCGCAGCUUCUCUCACCCAUUCCCACGGCGCAGCAUCAAUUCUCGGAAACGUUAAAUGGAGGAUCACUAAAUGCAGCUACGAAGAUGGAUAUAAUAAGCAUACGCCGAAACGAAACGUCAGAUCUGCGAAAACGAGCCCCAUCGCUCCUGCGUAUAGCCGAAACGGACCGAUGCGAGCGGAGCUCACGGAUACGGCGCCUAAAGGUGCAAUGGAAUCGAGCGAAGGAUUACGUUCACGGUAAAUUACGUCUCGC